AUGUUUGCCGACCGCGGCCUCCCAGGAUCCCCACGGGCCAAGGGUGACCAGCCGGCGGUCAGGCGCGUGGUAUCUGCACGCCCAGGCGGGAGGUGGAGGAAGGACGUUGAAGCCGCCGCAGUGUCCGCCCAGUGGGCAACAGCCAUUUCUCCGAUGCUUUCUGGUCUGGGCUCCGUGCUAGUCCACUGUGAGGCCUGUCAGGGCCAGCAGCCCGGGCCACAGCUGUUCGCGGCGGUGGAGCACGGGGAGAGCCUGCAGCUGUUUGAGCGCGGCGCCCGCUCGGCGCACAAGCAGGAGACGCACACGCUGGAGGCCGUGAAGCUGCUGGAGUUGGAGCUCAAGCGCACGCUGGCCCGGCUGGUGGCCGACCUGUUCGGGGACGGGCUGGCCAUCAGGUGGGUGGACUGCUACUUCCCCUUCACGCACCCGUCCUUCGAGAUGGAGAUCAACUUCCGCGGGGAGUGGCUGGAGGUGCUGGGCUGCGGCGUGAUGGAGCAACGGCUGCUGGACUCAGGUAGUUACCUGCUGCCCGCAGUCCGGAGUCCGGCUGCCCGCCUUCCCGCAGGGCCCGCCCCGCCGCACAGCGUCCCUGGAGCCGCCCGUCCUCCCUCCCCGCAUCGGCGGCGGCUCCGGGAGGCCCCUGCUCACCCCCAUGGCCUAUGGUCUCCCACCCUCCUGUGGACGGGCGGCCCCAUACAGGCCAGGCCGCGGCUGGGCGGAGGGACCGACCACCGAGAACAGGGCCACUUGCUGCAGGGGUCGCAGCCGCAGGGGCUGGCGGGGGCUGUGCUGCUGCGCCUGUGA